CGUCGAACGCGGAACAAAAAGAAAACGUGAGUUCAUGUUUCUUCCGGUUUACAGAGUCGGCGUACAGGCGGUUUUCUUCAAAACAUUAUGGCGUCGAGAAGAGCGACAACAGUUCCAAGUAGUUUUAAAAGCAUCCCCACCGACUCUAAAAGUUCAAAAAGCAGUAACCCUGCUAAUAAAGCCAACAACGUCGGAUCUGUGAAGAAAACUGUUAAAUUAAGUGGGACUGUUGUUAAAUCUCGAUAUCUUCAGUCUGCUGAGAAGACAUCUCUUUCAAAGAGUAACUCACUGACCAAUGAGUCGAUCACUGUGCCACGACCAUCUUCACCAAAACCCACAGGUGUCAAACCAAAGGCGGGUACUCCGACAAGACGCUCAAUGGCCCCAUAUGCAACAUCAAUGAUGUCACGUGAAAAUGAAGCAUCAAUUCUUGGGAAAAGUGUUCUGCAGUCCACAUUCUCAGAUAAUCCCCGCUUUCGACCAGAUUUAGAUAUUUCGGUUAUCAAAGAUCGAACAGUCAUUGAAAAUGCAGUAGAACCUGAAAGAAAUCCAGAGAAUGAAAAGAUGAUUGUUGAGAUGGAAACAUUUCUUCUGGCCUACCUCACAGCUAAGAUGGAGAGCAAUACAGCAAAACUCAAGGCUGAGGCAGAAACAAAGAUUCUGCAAGCAAUGGAGGAAGAGCAGUCAUUGCAUGAUGAGGUCAAGGAGAAGAAACGUCAGUAUCUCCUUGCAGAAAAGAAACGGCUGGUGAAUGAACUGCUGGAUUUGCAGGUUGCUACACUGACUCCUGUGGCAGAGGCUGUUGGUCAGUUUACAAAGGACUACAAGUCUUUUGCUACAGCUGUUGACACCACCCGACAUGAGCUGCCUGUUAAGAAUUUCUACAUUGAUGGAGAUAGACGUGAAUUUCUAGAUAAAGCUGUGGCAUCCUUAAAGGAGAGUGAGAAAUUGCUGUUGGAGUGCACAGAGGGUGAUUAUAAGGACAACAGCACAUCUCUGGAGUGCCUUCGAGACAUAAAAGUAACAUCAAAGGACAUCAGUCAGCAGCUGUCCGGGGCCUUUAAGGAGCAGCUGGAACUGUCAUCACUGGUCUGUCGUCAAAGAAUCUAUGUGCAGCAGAGCACAGAGGAGGAGCAGCUGGGCAGUUCAAGAUCCAGAGAGCUCUACUGCCCCAAACACUGAAGGAUCGCAUUCAGCAUGGGAUACACAGAACAAGCACUUUGGAUAUGCUCCAACUCCACAUGUUUUAUGAUUUCUAUAUAUUCACACGUUUUGUCUGUUUCUGUGUGUACUGUGUAGGUGUACAUUUGUGAUUUUCUUUGUGGUUGUGUUGUAAUGUUGUAAAUGUGGACUAAUUGCUUCUUUAUAGAUGUGACCAAUAAAUACAAGAAAGAAUUUAGAUUUUGCAGACUAUGAAAAAUCGCAUUGCACUAAGAAUCCAUAAUAUCCUAACCAAGGUUGCUGAAUACAGAGGAGUUUGAAACUUUGAUCAAAUAACUCUAACAUACAUUGUCACUAAAUCACAAACUUGUGAUAUCUCAGAAAUUGGCAAAAUUAUUAAUUUGAUUUAUGAGUCUAACAACGCGU